GGGCUUGUAUUCUCGGACAAAUAUAUACAAAUUGCUACUUACCUUCCAAGCAGCACUAUAUACGGAUUUGGAGAAAAUAUUCACGAAAACCUUAAGCACGAUUUAUCAAAGUACACUACUUGGGGCAUGCUCGCCAGAGAUGAACCUCCAAACUCGAAGGGCCAUGACAGAAAAAAUCUUUAUGGUGUUCAUCCAUUUUACAUUUGCUUGGAGAGUGAUGGGAAUGCUCAUGGAGUACUAAUCUGGAACAGCAAUGCUCAGGAAGUGACGACGGGACCAAAUCCUCAUUUAGUUUAUCGUACGAUCGGUGGUUUGCUAGACAUGUACUUUUUCCCAGGACCAACACCGGAAGAUGUCAUCAAACAGUAUUUAGCUCUUGUUGGACGGCCAAUGCUACCAGCUUACUUUGCGCUUGGCUAUCAACUCUCUCGUUACGGCUAUAAAGAUCUGGAUGAAAUGAAGGCUGCAGUAGCUCGUGUUCAAAAACAUGGAAUCCCUUUAGAUAUUCCUUAUGCUGAUAUAGAUUACAUGAACCGCUAUAAGGACUUUACUACCGGCGACGUUUGGUCAGACUUCGGCAGUUAUGCGAAGAAAUUACAUGAUGAUGGACUUCACCUUUUCCUCAUCUUUGAUCCAGCGAUUCAGGUCAAUUAUCCAUCCUACCAAAGGGCAAUUAACAUGGGCGCUAGAUUUAUAGAGUGGGAGCGAGCAGAUCAAGCACCUAGUGAUAUUAAUGGCCUUUAUGAGCUCACUAAAAACAGCAAAGUAUGUUCUAGUGACAUGACAGGAACAGCCGGAUAUUUUUUAUCUAAAUGCUGCCAGUUGUUGGUAAUAUUUUUUGUGUUCCAGGUUCCUUACGACGGGCUUUGGAUCGAUAUGAACGAGCCUUCGAGUUUUGGUACGAAUAUUGAACAUCCAUGGUAUUUUGAUAAUCCAGACCAUCCAAAUAUCAAACCACUAUUUUGUCCUCUCACUGGUGACGAUUCUGUAUAUGACAUGCCACCUUUCCAAACGCAGGCUGUUUAUCUUUUUGGAGGGAAUUCAUAUCUUUCAACUAAUACGCUUUGUAUGUGCGGAAUGACUGCUGGAGGAGAACAUCGUUUUUAUAACACCAAAAACCUAUACGGUCUUUCUGAGGCGAUUGCAACGCAGUCGGCCAUUUAUGCGUCUACUGGAAAAAGAGGAGCAAUUAUUUCUAGGUCAACAUUUCCAUCGACUGGCCAUUAUGCUGGUCACUGGUUAGGAGAUAACACUGCUAGGUGGGAAGAUUUGCAAACUUCUGUGAUUGGAGCUCAGGAAUUUAACAUGUUUGGAAUCCCUUACGUCGGGUCUGAUAUAUGUGGGUUUAUUGGUGACACCACAGAAGAACUUUGUUUGCGUUGGCAGCAAAUGGGAGCUUUCCAUCCGUUUUCAAGAAAUCACAACACAUUAGGUGCAGCCCCUCAAGAUCCUGGAAUGUGGGAGAGUGUUGCUGCUGCAUCUCGCACUGCUCUUCUGUUCAGAUACAAAUACCUUCCAUAUUUAUACAGCCUACACUUUGAAGCCUCUCUGGUUGGCGGCACCGUAAUCAGACCAUUAUUCUUCGAGUUCCCUAGAGAUUCGGACACGUUUGACCUCGGACAUCAAUUUAUGUGGGGCUCUGGAAUGAUGAUCAUUCCAGUUCUCGAACAGGGUGUUUCGAUUGUGACCGGCUAUUUGCCAGAAGCUCAGUGGUAUUCAAUGCGAGAAGAAGAAUUUGGUGCUAUCUACAGGCCUGGUAAUAAUCGUUUUAGCGCAAAAACAACAGAACUGAUACCUGUUCUUGCAAGAGAUUACGAUUUGAAAACUGGCGCUCCGAAGAAGUCGACUGGGAAACUUUACUUUGAUGAUGGUGAAUCUAUUGUGAAUAACUUUGACAGUUACAAUUACUAUCUAUGGGAGUUUCUGUUUUCGGUUACUUCGACAGAAGCGACUUUAACGAUUACUUCGGCUAGAAUGGGAAACAAUUUAUCGGUACCAUAUUUGGAGACCAUUGAAUUGGUUGGUUACAAGUACAAAAUGAGUGGAAAUUCAGUAAAAAUUGAUGGUAAAGCUACAACAGUAGCUGUUGUGAGUGGCGCGAAUAACGUCUUGAAGAUGACUGCUUCUAAGAUGGUGAACUUGAGCGCAGGGAAAGCUGUAACCAUUUCUUGGAGUCAUAGCGCUAAAUAA